AUGGAAGAUUAUAACGACGGAUCGUCGCUUGGUUAUCCUAAUUUGUCGGCUUGUCGGGUCGUCUUGACAUCGGCUGGGGGAGCCGCGCAUUCGGCCCCUGUCCGCUUGCCAGCCCAAAUUCUCCAAGCUGCGCGCCAACCUCCCGUUGCCAAACCGUAUGACUUUGCCUUGGAAAAAACCGUGCUACAGACAUUGAAGGAUCGUCAAGUGUUAUGGAAGGACACGGAUACGAACGAUUUGGACGAGCUGCGGGGCAUGUUGGCACGGAUGAAAUCGGUGACCAACGCCGACGAAGACGUGUGCGCCUCCCUGCUGAAAUCGAACGAUUACGACCUCAGCAAAUCAAUUGAAGCCUUUUACCAGAUGCGCUGA